AUGGGGGCCGUCCUUCCCUGGGGGCAGGGACGUAGGGAACCAGGCGGUGGGGAGGGAGGAAGGAGCGACGAGGUCAGAGGAAACCUUGGGUUUCCAAGGCUCCUGGGGCACCAAAGGGCUUCCCGCAGUCGGGGAAUUGAGCCCUGGGGAGGAGCCUUUUGCGAGAACGUGAGCGCGCCCUAACACGCCUCAGACCUCGUAAACCCACUUGGCAAAGACCGGGGAAGCGGCUGGCGCACCGACUGCGGUGAACUCAAGAAAUUAACCUGUGCUGCAAUUAAACGGGCUGCCGCCCUUUCACACUCACCUCGAGCGACCGAGAUAGAGAGAGCUCCCGAACCGGCCGCGGGGGGACCUGGCUCCACCCUCCCGUCCCAGGAGAAGAGGACAAAAAGGGGAGAUGGACUUGGAGUGGCCCCGCCCUUCACAACGCUCCAAUCCUUGGAAACCAAACCUCCUCUCCAAGCCUCCACGUCUAGAAGGGACAAAGACAGCGAGGAGAUCCAGAGACCGACGGGGAGAUGGUGGCUUUCAGGCUUCUGGUGUGGGUGCAUGGGGGAAAGGUACAAUGGUUAA